AUGCCCGACUCUGGUCAUGCACCCGCUCCCGCACGGCGACGGUCGUCUUUUGCGUAUGACCCUGCUCGAGAUACUUUCAAAGCGCUGCCAGAUACUAUAGCCGAACAAGCCAUUGCUGAAGAUGCCGAGGAAGAUGCAAAUACUACGGCCCCGCCAACGUCCAGUCCAGGAGCAGAGGGUGCGGCGGACCCGUCACGAAAGCGAAAGCGAUCCGAGUCCCCUGACGGAGAAGUGAAGCCUACAUCUGAACCGAAGAGACAGGAAACCGAGGAGACACAUCCAGUGAAGAAAACACGCGCGUCCACUUCGCCCGCGGGACGAGAUAAAGCCUCGCCUAAACCCGCUACGAAUGGAAGUCACACCGAGAAACCCAAGCCCAGGACACCCGCAGACCUGCCCCGAAUCCCACGCAAGCCGAGAGAAGAAGGCGAAAUUUCUGCAUCACGUCGGGUUUCCGACGCGUAUAGUCGACGACCGGAUACCGAUGACCGACGUGCAAGAGAGCGGAGGGACAACUUCUCUAACCGGCGAUCGCGUUCCCCUCCUCGACGACGCUCCCCCUUGGAUGCCUACCGUCGCCGAUCUCCUCCACGAGAGCGUCGCAAAUCCCCCUCCCCUAUUCGCGACUCUCCCCCGCGAGAUCUCAUUCGUCCUGGCGGUGCUCGCGGCCGUGGCCGGAAUGUGCUAGCCGAACAGCAGCGCCUUGCUGCCGAACGGGAGCAGAAGCAGGCUGGGCUACACGCUCAAGUCAAUCGUGGUGUUCAAGAAGUCUCAAAUCAAUUCUACAACGCACGGCCAGAGUGGGUGAAGGAAAAGGGACGAGACUGGCGCCGGAAUGAAUCUCAAAUCAAAGGACUACGCACUUUCAACAACUGGAUCAAGUCCUGCCUCAUCCACAAAUUUAGUCCGGAAGAGAAGACCGAAGAGGAAGAAUUGGGCUGGGGCGAGGAGGCGAAAGAGCCUGCAGCACAGAAACCACUCCUUGUGCUCGACAUUGGAUGCGGAAAAGGAGGUGAUCUGGGGAAGUGGCAGCUGGCUCCACAAACAGUUGGGCUGUAUGUUGGUCUCGAUCCCGCAGAGACAAGCAUUCAACAAGCUCGUGAACGAUAUCAACAGAUGCGGCGAGGUCGACGUCCCAUCUUCGAUGCCCGCUUCUUCCCACAAGACUGUUUCGGCGCUUGGAUUGGUGAUGUCGGCAUUAUUCGCGAAGUCGGCAUCGACCCCAACGCGGGCAAUGGACAACCUACCCGCUGGGGCGGUGGCGGAUUUGAUGUUGUCACUUGUAUGUUUGCCAUGCACUACUCAUUUGAGUCCGAGGAGAAAGUGCGCAUGAUGCUCCGCAACGUGGCGGGGAGUCUGAAGAAGGGAGGACGAUUUAUUGGGGUGGUGCCAAACAGUGAUGUUUGUGCGGAGAAGAUCAGAGAGUGGUUCAAAGAUAAAGAAGCGAAGAAAGCUCAAGAGAACGGACCCGAUGGUGCUGAUGCUGAGAAAGAGGACGGCGAGGCCGAUGAGGAGGGUCCUCAAUGGGGCAACGCCAUUUACAACGUCCGCUUCCCUAUCGACCCGCAGCGUCCUUUACAAUCCGAUGGAUCCUUUCGUCCACCCUUCAGCUGGAAAUACACGUACUGGAUGGCUGAAGCCGUGGAUGUGCCUGAAUUUGUGGUGCCUUGGGAAGCUUUCCGGGCGUUGGCCGAGAGCUACAAUCUAGAGCAACGCUACAGGAAGCCGUUUUUGGAUAUUUGGCAGCAAGAGCAAAGCAAUCGCGAGAUGGCCAGUUUGGCAGUGAGGAUGGGCGUGAUCAGGCAUGAAGGGGGAGAGAUGUUGCUGAGUGAGGCUGAGAAGGAUGCAGUGUCAUUCUAUCAUGCUUUCUGCUUUGUCAAGGUCUAG